AUGGCCUCAAGUACCCCUGUCGCGAGAGUGUGGUUAGCUGAGGGACACCCGUCAGAUACCGAUAACUUGUACCAUGCAGCCGAGCUCCAAAACGCCGAGGGCGUCAGGAACAUCACAGCUUCGAGAGCUCUCUCAGGGUGGUUCGAUACAUAUCGAACUCUACCUCCAUGUCCACACCAUGAUUUAGGAAAAUUCCUCAAGGUGACAGAUGCUCUACACCGCCCAUUAAUUAACCCAAGCCCCCCUAAAAAUGUCAACGUCAUCAGCAGCCGUUCUCCGGCGGGCGCUCCUCUACAGUUAGUAGCUAUCUCUGCCCCUCAACUCCAACUCCAACUAACAAAACCACAUCUACAAGUCCCCUCCUCCUCCCCCAAAUUCCUCGAAAAGUCCCGCUCCCUAAAAGUCGACACGGCAUGCUACGACCUCGAGGAUUCCGUAACACCGGCUCAGAAACCGUCUGCACGCCAGAGCAUCGUAUCCUUCCUGUCGCAACCCCGCCCACCCCACAUCUCCGAGCUAAGCGUUCGCAUAAACGCCGUGUCCUCAGGUCUCGCGCUGCAAGAUCUCACCAGCGUGCUCGAAGCACCGAAUCUAGACGCCUUGGUGAUUCCCAAGGUAAAUAGGGCAUCGGACCUACACUUCGUCACCGAUGUGCUGCGACAUAAGCUCCCGCAACGGCACCCCUCCUCUCCCGAUGCAUCGUCAAAGCCGUUAAAGAUCCUGGCAUUGAUAGAAUCCGCGGAAGCUAUCACAAACCUGAAUGAGAUAUGUAAGGCCUCGCCAUAUUUGAGCGGUUUGAUCUUCGCGGCGGAGGACUUCGCUCUCGAUUUGUCACUUACGAGGACUCCUUCUCUAACGGAAUUCCUUUAUGCGCGCUCUGCUAUUGCUACAUCUGCGAGGGCACACGACCUUCCUUCGACUAUUGACUUGGUCUGUACUUCGUUCCGGGGGGCUGAGGGCGUUAAAACCUUGGAAGAGGAGUGCUUGCAGGGGAAAGGGCUGGGGUUCAACGGCAAGCAAUGCAUACACCCGAGUCAAGUUGAGGUUGCCCAGAGGGCAUUUGCCCCUGGAGAGAAGGAGGCUGAGUGGGCUAUGCGGGUGGUGAUUGGAGAUGAGAAAGCUGACUCUUCAGGAAGAGGGGCGUGGACCUUGGACGGCAAGAUGAUUGAUGUCCCGGUUGUUGGGAAGGCCAAGGCGAUUGUGAAGAAAGCAGAAGCUUGCGGUAUCGAUGUCGAAGCUCUUAGAGAAAAGUGGAAGCAUCAAGAGCCGGAAUAA